CACGACGCUUUCUAGCGUUUGUUCUGUCGGACGAGAAACUGGUGUUGCCUUGGCAACAGCGCCACCAUUUGGCGUGUCAUGGACGUUAAGGACCAAAAUAGCCCGAAUGAGUCAGAAAAUACCCUGAAUAUGGACGAAGAAAAUUUCGCUUUUUCCAGUUCCUCAGACACAGAUUCUGCUUUUGAUGCUGUUAUCGGCUGCAUAGAGGAUAUCAUUAUAGAUGACAAGUUUGAGCAACUUCAGGAGAGAUUCAUGGAGAAACACUACCUGGAGUUUGAAGACUCUGAAGAGAAUAAACUCAGCUACACAAUCCUCUUCAAUGAAUAUGCUGACCUGCUGGAGAAAUACCUGGAGCAGCAGCUGAUGGCAAGGAUUCCCAGUUUCAGCAUGAACACCUUCAUUGCACAGCUCAUGCAGUACAAAGACAAGAUUCCAGAGGACAUCUUCGACAUGUUUGUGACAUUCAUUGACUUCAUUGCCUUCAAGAAGAUGUUUCUGAGUUACAGAGCUGAGAAGGAAGGCCGAGGACCAAAUCUGAGCCAAAUACUGAUGGUCACAACUCUGAACACUACAGGCUCCGAUGAAACAUUGUGACCCUG